CAGCUGAUCCUUUAAACAAUGUGUCCCAGCUAAGGAAACUCAGGAUAUAUGAUCGGUCGAGUCCAGGAAUUAUUGAAGGGAAGGGACCCGGAAACUGAUCAGUACGGCAUAUUUUUCCUAAAGUCUAUCUUCCUUGGACUGUCUGGGAGAUGAGCACUUCUUUAACGUAUAGGCCCUCGUCCAAAGAGCAGCAGACUAUGGAUAAUCUAGAAAAGCAGCUCAUUUGCCCAAUAUGCUUGGAAAUGUUUUCCAAACCGGUGGUAAUUCUACCUUGUCAACAUAAUUUGUGCCGGAAAUGUGCCAGUGAUAUUUUCCAGGCCUCCAACCCAUAUCUGCCAACAAGAGGUGGAAAUACAGUAGCUUCUGGAGGACGUUUCCGCUGUCCCUCUUGCAGACAUGAAGUGGUGUUGGACAGACACGGAGUGUAUGGACUACAGAGAAAUCUACUGGUUGAAAAUAUUAUUGAUAUUUAUAAACAGGAAUCUACAAGACCUGAAAGGAAAUUGGAUCACCCAAUGUGCGAAGAACACGAAGAUGAGAAAAUUAACAUAUAUUGUCUAAACUGUGAGGUGCCAACCUGUUCCAUGUGUAAAGUCUUUGGAGUUCAUAAGGACUGCCAGGUUGCCCCACUUACUCAUGUUUUCCAAGGACAAAAGUCUGAACUCUCGGAUGGGAUUGAUAUACUGGUUGGGUGCAAUGACAGGAUUCAAGCAGUGAUAAGUCAGUUGGAGGAGACGUGCAAGUCCAUAGAGGAAAACAGCAAACGACAGAAAGAAAAGCUGUGCGAAAAUUUCGAUUAUUUGUAUGCCAUUCUUGAAGAAAGGAAAAGUGAACUUACGCAAGUUAUCACCAGAGACCAGGAAGAGAGACUUGAACAUGUAAAGUCCUUAAUGAAAAAGUAUGCUGAUCAUUUGGAGAACGUUUCAAAGAUUGUGGAAUCGGGAAUACAAUUCAUGGACGAGCCUGAAAUGGCAGUUUUCUUGCAGAAUUCCAAAGCUUUACUACAAAAAAUCACAGACGCUUCAGUGGGAUUUCAGAUGGAAAAGGUACCACCUGGAUAUGAAAGCAUGAAUCAUUUCACAGUGGACCUUAAAAGAGAAGAGCAAAUAUUACGAGAGAUAGACUUUUAUCGAGAAGAUGAAGAGGAGGAAGAGGAGAUAGCAGAGGGUGAUGAUUCAGAAGAGGCCCACACAGAAUCAUCUGGUGAAGAAGAUUCUGGACAGCCAGUGAUACAGAGGCCUGAACAUAACAUCGAGCUGAUUAGUAUUCCUGAAGAAGUACCUCCGUUACAAGAAGUCAGCCUAACAGCUCCAAGUCCUCCCACUCCUACGGGUGAUGUUGAGCCAAGUGGCAUUCAACAGACCUCGGAGCCUAACAUUCAAGUGCUCUCAGCAACAGAAAACUCCGAUCCCUUGUUUUACCCUAGUUGGUAUAAAGUCCCAGCACGGCAGGACUCCAGCCCAAACAAGGUGCCAUUGAGUGAUGCUCUGGGUCAAGUAGGUUCUUCAGAUCCUAAAGAAAUGACUGUAAAGAAAGCAGACCUUGCAGCUCCAACAUUUAAGGAGGGUACAGCAGUGGCUGGUAAGGAAACCAGUUCAUCUGCAGAGGCUCCAAAGACCGGGUCCAGUGAAUCCAAGCAUGGAGACUCUGAAGACACUACAGGAUCUAAUCAGACAGAAAGUACAGACACGGAACGCCACGUCUUCUCCUUUUCCUGGCUAAAUUCCUUACCAGAAUAACUAUUUGCCGAAGAAGAAGUUCUAUCUCUGUCCAAAGAGAACUCUUUAACAGAUAAGCAACGGAGACAUUUUAGUCAGUGGAAAAAAUCUUAGUUUUUGUGGAAUUUUGUCUAUACGUAUUUUCUACUUUAAGUGACAUUAUGAAUUAACCUUCUGAAUGCCAUAAGGGUGAGCAAUGCUUUCCUCUUCCCUCUUGAAUCAUCUGUCUUCAUAGCAACGUACAGGUCCAUGAUGAUGUUG